UUAGCAACUAAAAACAUGGACACCAGCAGUGACAAGCAGCAGGAGCAACGACUGGGCCAUCGCCGCCAGCCAGCGCUGGGCAAGGCCAUGCCCGUCACAGCCCUGCUGCUCAAUCUGAAUCUUGCGCAGAGCAAUAGGCCGAGUCAUGCACGCAGCGCACCAGCUGGCGCRCUGGACGAGGAUGAGCCRCCGCCGCGUUACUUCAGCAUAGCCGAGGAGCUGCAGCAGCCGCCGUCGCCCAGCGAGAACAAGGCCGCUGAGCCAGCGCUGCUCGGUGCGGGCAAGCCGGACGUGCCCUGCCUCAACUGCUGCCAGCGAGCGCCGUUGGAGCUGAGUGGACCCGGUCUGGCCAUCAACGAGAUGUGCCAGCGCCUGUGCAGCGAUGAGUGUCGACGCGGCCUCAGCUUGACUGGCUGCCUGGCCACACAGGAUGGCGAGCAGCUGCGGCAGGAUUUCCUGAAGCAAUAUGAAAUUGCGGAAGCGCUGGCCAAGACCUCGGCAAUGACCUCGACUACGCAAAUGAAACAGCGUCUCGCCGCACGCAAACUGGAAAUGGAUAUCGAGACGCAGGCGGCAGCCGCUUCCACAGAGCCAGCCUGGCUAACCACACCCAGCGACAAGGCAGCAGCAACAACAGCUGCUGUUGCUGCUGGCGUUGUUGUUGCUGCUGCUGGGGCUGCUGCUGCUGCUGCUACUGCUGGAGACACGUUGCCGCCAAUCGCUGAUAAUGAGCAGCCGCCGCCGCGAGAUUUGCUGUUGUAUCUUGUGAGGAUGGGCUCGUUCAACUCGGCGCCCAAGAUAAACAAUGUGGACUCACAAGACGAUGGCCUAGAGCUGCCCAAGGGCCUCAGCACUGACGCACUGCUCGACCAUGUGCGCCAGCUGCACGGCUCAGGCGUGGUGAAGCCCUCGCUGCUGAGCCGCUGCUUCCUUAAGCCCCCCCUGAACAGCGAAGACGUGACCGACGGCCUGCGUUGCCUCAAGCUGAACUCCGUCUCACGUGUUUGCAGUGCUCCCAGCGAAGGCGCGCAGCACAUUCGGUUGCUGCAGUGGAACAUUCUCUCGCAAACUCUCGGCCAGCACAACGAUGGCUUUGUGCGUUGCCCCGACGAGGCUUUGACCUGGCAGCAUCGCAGGUACUUGAUCGUGCAGGAGAUUCUGCAAAAUCAGCCGGAUGUUGUUUGUCUGCAAGAGGUGGAUCAUUUCAAGUUUCUGCAGACUGUGCUGGGCAGCCAGAACUAUGAUGGCAUCUUCUUUCCCAAGCCGGACUCGCCCUGCCUGUACAUAGAGGAGAACAAUGGCCCCGAUGGCUGUGCCAUCUUCUACAAGCGCGACAAGCUGCAGCUCCUUGGCUAYGACACACGCAUCCUGGAGGUGUGGCGCGUGCAGAGCAACCAGGUGGCCAUUGCCGCGCGGCUGCAGCUGAAGGCCAGUGGCCGGGAGUUCUGUGUCUGCACCACCCACCUGAAGGCACGCCACGGCGCUCUGCUGGCCAAGCUGCGCAACGAGCAGGGCCGUGAUCUGAUACGCUUUGUCAAGCAGUUCGCCGGCGAGAGUCCGCUGCUGCUGUGCGGCGACUUCAAUGCGGAGCCCAUUGAGCCCAUCUAUGCGACGAUUCUCAGCUGCGAUCUGUUCAAGCUGGGCAGCGCRUAUGCGGACAUUAAGCUGGAACGGGAACGGGAGCGGGAACGAGAAGAUCAGGAGCAGCACACGGCCAGCUGYGACGAUCCCAAUGAGCUCAUUGCGCAGUCCAUCAAGCGCGAGCCUCCAUACACCACCUGGAAAAUUCGCGAAGAUGGCGAAGAGUGCCAUACCAUUGACUAUGUGUUCUACACGCCGCAGCAGCUAAAGAUCAAGAACUGCCUGGAAUUUCCGGCCGGAGAACAGAUCGGCAAGAAUCGUACGCCCUGCUUUGAAUAUCCUUCGGAUCAUUUUUCGCUCGUCUGCGACUUUGAGCUGCUCGAUGAGCCCCUUUCGGAGGACAAAAGCAAACCGCAUGGCACCAUACAGUAGAGCUUGUCAGUGCACGCACACAGCUAGACAAACACAAACACAAACACACACACACAUACAGCAAUUACAUAAUAAAUUGUGAUAUUAGCUCUUAGAYACAUUUUUAGCCAUCUAUACACAUGUACGUACGAUCCAUACUAUAUUGAGCGUAGCACGGCAAAGCUUGCUAAGGCGAGACAUUAAUACAGAUUUCAUCAAUAAACGAGUGUAACUUUGUAGGAA